GNGGUCGAGGCCGUUACGGCGCCGUGUUCCGCGGCGCUCUGAACGAGCGCUGCGUGGCCGUUAAAGUCUUCAGCUCUGCUAACCGUGCAAACUUCUCCAACGAGCGCUCCAUCUACCGCCUGCCUCUGCUGCAGCAGCACGACAACGUGGCGCGCUUCCUGGCUGCCCAGGAGAGGGCGACCGGCGACGGCCGGCCAGAGUUCCUGAUCCUCAUGGAGUUCUACCCUCACGGCUGCCUGUCUCAGUACCUGUCGGAGAACACGGUGGACUGGCUGACCUGCUGCAGGAUGGCCCACGGCGUCACCAGGGGACUCGCCUUCCUGCACACCGAACUCUGCAGAGGAGACCAGUACAAACCCCCGGUGGCCCACAGAGACCUGACCAGCAGGAACGUCCUGGUCCGAUCCGACCUGUCCUGCGUCCUGGCUGACUUCGGCCUGUCCAUGAAGCUGACGGGAACCAGAAGCUGCCGGCCCGGAGACGACGAGACCGUGGCCAUAUCCGAGGUGGGGACAGUCCGGUACAUGUCCCCGGAGGUUCUGGGAGGAGCUCUGAACCUCAGAGACUGCGAGUCGGCACUGAAGCAGGUGGAUGUUUACGCUCUGGGUCUGCUGCUCUGGGAGAGCUUCAGGAGGUGCUCCGACCUGUUCCCAGGUGACACCGUCCCUGAUUACCAGCUGGCCUUCCAGGAGGAGGUGGGGAACCAUCCCACCUUUGAGGACAUGCAGAUCCUGGUGGUCCGUGAGAAACACCGACCCAGAUUCCCUGAAGUCUGGAAGGAGAACAGCCUGGCCCUGCGGGCGCUGAAGGAGACCAUGGAGGACUGCUGGGACCACGACGCCGAGGCCCGACUGACGGCGCAGUGCGCUGAGGAGCGGCUGGCCGACCUCAUCCUGCUGAGCCCUCAGACCGCGCUGCACAACCACAGGAAUCUGACUCACAGCUGCUGGACGCCUCAGAUUAGCUCCGUCUCCUCCUACAUUGAGGAUCUUCAGGUGGGCGUGGUUAAAAAUCUCCACGGCGACGGUCACGCCAGAGCAGAAGGUGGAGAGAAGAACAGCAACUGCUACAACCAGCAGCGGCAGCAGACUCAGGCUCGCCCGCCCCCAUCAAGCUACAGCAUCUCUGAUCUCAGAGGGGGCGCUGCUGCUGCUGUCUGCCUGCAGCUCACAGAGGAAGACCUGGACGCCUCCAAGAUGGAUGCCCAACAGGUCCAGAAGAACCUGAGAGAACCCUCCCAGGAGAACCUGGUGGAACAUUCCCAGAAGCGCUUUGGAUCGGUACCACAGACCUCCUACCUGAACCACAGCAUGGAGGCGACCCGUCCAGAAGAACCAGAACCUUCAUCCUCUAUACAGCAGCAGAACCUUCCCCAGAGGCCCACCAGCCUCCAGCUGCUCCCCAAACCCAGAGAGACCCGAGUGAAGGCGGGAAGGUUCAGGUCCAACCACCGACAGGUGGAGACCGGAGUGGCUAAGAUGAACGCCAUCAUCCCGUCUGCAGAGCCACACCUGGUUACCACGGUAACUAACCUGAGGAGCGGCGCCACCAUCGGGUCGGAGGAGCUCGGUGCUGCCGCUGGCCACAACUCAGGGGUUCCUGUUCUGGUGACCAAUAGGAUGAGAGGAGGAGGAAGAAGCAACCCUGCAGGACCCAAGGAGGAAGAGGAGGAGGGAGGAGGAAGGGAAGGAGGAGCAGACAGUGUGGACCUGACCUUCAGUCCUGAUGAACAUGAACCUCUGCUGAGGAGAGAGCAGCUUCCUGCUGAGAGCGACCCUCCUCUUCCUCCUCAUCCUCCUCAUCCUCCCGGCCCGCCGGGCCCAGCAGGACCAGGAUCCAACUCCAACAACAACAACAACCGAGCCACCGUCGGUCCGGAGCUCCCUGAGCCGGAACCGCUCAGCGGACCUACAGCAUCAGGGACCAAGCAGAAAGUUCUGCAUUCUGGACCAGAACCGUCCAUCCGUCCUGCUGACGGAGAUGAAGGUCCAGAUCAGACAGAAGCAGAAGGAGGCCUACAGAACCAGAACUCAGGUUCUGGAGCCUCCAAGUCCAAAGUCCAGACAUCAGAACCCUCCAGAGUUCUUCAGAACCAAUCAUCUCCACCUCUGGACGUAUCCGCCUUGGAAGCCAAGGCUCUGGAUCCGGACCCAGCAGAACCUGCAGAGCCUCAAACAGCGGGUCUGCUGGCGGCGCCACUCCGACAGACCAGAACCAGGCGGCCGGAGCGGCCCUGUUCCCUGGACCUGUCCUCCUCCUGCGUCUCCUCAGAUGACGCCUCUCUGAUGGACCUCGGCAGCCUGAGUGCCAGCGGAGAGAAGAUCAAGCGGCGGGUGAAGACGCCCUACACCCUGAAGAAGUGGCGCCCCGCCUCCUGGGUGGUCUCCUCAGAACACGACCUGGACCUGGAGUUCGACUUCCGGGACGGCGGCGGUCCAAACAGAGCAGGAGGCGCCGGCGUGCCCAGAAUCAACCAGUCCAAGUCCAGCAUGGCCGUGUUUCUGGUCGGAGGCGGAACCACGGCGACUGCCACCUCAGAGCCGGACGGGCUGACCCGGUUCUGAUCACAGACAUCUGAAGAGAAGCGGACAGAACCGGACUGCGGCUCACAGAGGAGAUCCUGCAGCUGCAUCUCCUCUGUGAGCUCAGCAGGAGGCGCUGCAGGCCGCGUGGAGAGGUGGUCUGAGAAAAGGAGGAUCUGGACCUCAGGACCGGAUUCUUCUCUGGGUUUCAGACAGAACCGGCCUGACUGGAAGGUUCUGAAACCGAUCAAUGUGGGAUUAUAAAGCUCUCUUCUGAUUCGCCGGCCAGGUGGUGGGCGUGGCCAGUUUUUAAAACAGCUCUGAGUCAUAAAGGGAAAGGUGUCAAAAUGUUUUUAAACUUAUAAAGUUGAAACUUAAAAAAAUAUAAGUUGACUUUGAUUUUCCAAUUUUUAAAUUAU